CCUCUCCAGCGGUGCCGCGGCGGGUAAGGGGAGCGGCGGUGGCUGGGCAGAGAGGAGGCAGAGCGCGGGGGGCGAGCCGGGGAGCGCCGCGCUCUCCCUCCCAAACUUUGAUGAUGACCAUGACUACGAUGGCUGACGGGCUGGACGCGCAAGACUCCUCCAAAUCCGCCUUCAUGGAGUUCGGGCAGCAGCAGCCGCCGCCGCCGCAGCCGCCGCCGCCGCCCCACUCCCAGCAGAGCUCGCCGGCCAUGGCCGGCGCCCACUACCCGCUGCACUGCCUGCACUCCGCCGCCGGCUCGCACCCGCACCACCAGCAUCACCACCACAGCUCGCCCUACUCCGGCACCGCCGGCUCCUACAACCACCGCUCGCUGGCCGCCUACCCCUACGUGAGCCACUCGCAGCACAGCCCUUACCUCCAGUCCUACCACAACAGCAGCGCGGCCAGCCAGACGCGGGCGGACGAUGCAGAUCAGCAAAAAACCACAGUGAUUGAAAACGGUGAAAUCAGAUUCAAUGGAAAAGGGAAAAAGAUUCGGAAGCCUCGAACCAUUUACUCUAGCCUACAACUCCAGGCUUUAAAUCAUCGCUUUCAGCAGACUCAGUACCUGGCACUUCCAGAGAGAGCUGAACUAGCAGCUUCAUUAGGACUGACCCAGACACAGGUGAAGAUCUGGUUUCAGAACAAGCGCUCCAAAUUCAAGAAGCUGCUGAAGCAGGGCAGCAACCCCCACGAGAGCGACCCUCUGCCCGGCUCUGCUGCCCUCUCCCCUCGCUCUCCAGCUCUGCCUCCAGUCUGGGACGUUUCAGCUUCUGCCAAGGGAGUCAAUAUGCCUCCCAACAGCUACAUGCCUGGCUAUUCUCACUGGUAUUCUUCUCCACAUCAAGACACAAUGCAGAGACCACAAAUGAUGUGAAUUGUCCAAGAGAAAUAAUCUCCCAAGAACGCCUCGUCUCGACAUGGCAAAAAGUUCCCCUGCUUUGCCAAGCCGUGCCAGCUAACAGGCUCUGUGUGAACUUGUAGAUGCGGCAAAGAGAC